AUGUCGGCCAACGAUACGCAGUUUUUCAAACAAUCCUUGAGGUCUGAAUACUGGAUCAACUUCAAUGUCGACAAGAAGUUCAGUCUUGCCGGAGUUGAUGAACCCGAGCUCGAUAGUGAGGACAAGGAACUGGUCCGGACAUGGGCAUCUACCAAGGGUGCAACCAAGACAGCCCCAGGCCAAACUCAAUCUUCGUCCCUGUACCGUCCCAUACUCGAUCCUUUCGAGAUUCGCGUGCUCGAGAUCUUGCCAGGCACCGGCGAUGACAGAUUACGUGGCCGCCUUCGUCACUGCUCACUCGAACUCCAGGCAAGGUUUGCUCUCGCUGUCGAUGGAUCCGCCACGCCGAUAGUGUACACGGCGCUCAGCUACACAUGGGGCCCGAACGCGUUCGAUGAGGCAAUCGAGUGCGAAGGUCACGUCAAGAAUAUCACAAAGUCUCUCGCGGUUGCUUUGAGGGCUUUCCGUCAAGAGGAUCGCUCAGUUGUGAUGUGGAUAGACCAGAUCUGUAUCAACCAAGACGACAACGAAGAGAAGGCACAGCAGAUACCCUUGAUGUCGCGGAUCUAUCAGAAUGCUAUGAACACCGUCAUUUGGUUGGGUGAAUCAACUUCGAAUUCUGCUUCCGCCAUUAAGUUGCUGGAAGACGCUAGGUUGCUCUUGCAGUUUACGGAGAAGACUAUUGGGCCGGACGAAUUCGAGGGGCUUAAUCUCCCCUCAGAAAGUUCGGAGGUUUGGAAAGCCCUGUGGGACUUUCUCUCGCGCCCGUGGUUCACGCGACUUUGGAUCAUUCAGGAAGUCAUCCUCUCCUUUGACUCUUGGGUCGUAUGCGGCAAUCAUAUGGCUACGUGGGACGUCUUGUCAUUGGCCUGUCUACAUCUCUGGACCUGUGGCAUCUCGAGAUGGCUAGGGGAGAAGUUCAAUUCUGGGAGCCGCGCACUUGACCAUCAGAGGGAUCUUUGUGAGUCGGUACAGCACCUCAGCAGCAUGAAGUCAAGCUACCACAGUACGGCCAUGCCGCUGUUCGACUUAUUGAUAGAGUCCAGAGAAGCCAAGUGUUACGACAAUCGGGACAAGGUGUAUGGUCUACUUGGUGUCUGUCAAGAUCAGGACAGGUCUGCGAUUAGACCAAGCUACGCAGACGAAUUUCCCGUAACUCAUCUCUAUCGCGACAUAACGAUACGUCACCUGGAUAACAACAAAGGCAGCUUGAGACUCGGCGUGGUCCUUACCUGCGUAGACCAUGAGUCUAUCGAUCUGCCAUCGUGGGUACCAGACUGGAGAAAUCCCCGUCGAACACACUCAUUGGGACACUCUACUACCACGACAACACCGUACAUGGCAUGCGGCCAUCUUACGAUCGAAAUCGGCAGAGUUCAUCCACCUUUGGAACGCAAAAAUAAGGACGAACUGCGACUGCAUGGUGUUUCGGUUGACGCCAUCGCAAAAGUCAGUACCGUAUUUACGAAUCCAGAGCUGAGUCUCGAAGAUCCAAUCACUGCCAACGGAGACUUGAAAGACAUGUGCUCCUUUGUCGCAGAGCUACAAGAAUAUCCAGGCAACGAAACCGUCUUCUCUGCCUUCUGGCAGACACUAGUCGCCGGAAAAGAUGCUACCGAAAUGGCGAAGGCGCCGAUAGCCUAUGAGGAGAUUAUCUCCCUUCUCCUCGACGCAUCCACGGGGCUGUCCCCGUCGCUUCCAGGACAGACGUACUCUGCACGACAAAGAAAAACGUUUCAGGAUGUAAGGACCUCAAUGAUGCAUGCUAUGCGGAAUCGCAGGCUGUGCUUCACUGCUAAGGGUUACUUGGGGCUAGUGUCGGAGACAAGCAAGGUGGGGGACGAAAUUCACAUUUUGGAUGGGUGCCAUGUUCCAUACCUUCUGAGGAAAGUUGAGGGCAGGAGGCAUCGACUAGUUGGAGAGUGUUACGUGCAUGGGAUUAUGAGAGGAGAGGCUGUUCAGGAUGGCCAGAGCAUGGAUGAGAUAGUCUUGAUGAAUUUUAUGCAGACAAUGGCAAGCUCGCAAGGAUUGAUUGAGCUUUUGUCGGCCUCGAUGGUUGAGCCCAGCUUGGUUGUUUUUUCUCCCGCUGAAACUCAAGCACCUUGCUCCUUCCCUUACAAGAGUCAAGCUGUCAUCACGUUUUGCUUACAUCCUUCACUGCAUGCGAUUGCCAACCUCAUCUCGUCAAACCACCUCCACCACUCCCAACAUCUUUGGAACAGCUCUUUCAGCUAUCCUAACGGCAAAACACAGACUCAAUUUGAAUCAUCAAGUCGCGCAAAAAAACAUCGUGUUUCAAUAUGGCUGAGUCAAGAGAGGUUUGAACACCCCCAACUUCCGAAGCUCGGAGUCGCAGACAUCUUGGAAGAGGUGCUAACAUGCCGGCAGGAACAGGAGAAUCCCAUUAUACUCCCUUCGAUCGAGUUCUCUCCGGCUGUUAAGGUUGAGAGCUCUCCUCACGUUGUUCCCCUGUCUUCCUCUCCCCACAAUCCUCCGGCCGAGGCUUCUGCAAUCGACAACGCGCCAUCUGAGGCCUCUCCAGUCUUUGAUCAAUUGGCACAGGCAUCUUCAGUCAUUGCGCCUCCGGUUCAUUUCCAUCAUCCCGGCAUCCCCCCAGUCCGGGCUUUUGCUCCUCUGGACCAGAAUCCUCCCCUCAUAAACGCAGUGGACCGGACCCCUUCCGCUGUCAAUCCUCGCCCCGUCAUCGAAGCCCGGGCGUUGAAUCCUCCUGCCGUGUUACCGCCGCUUCCUACUCGUCGUGGCAACGCACCUCCAACUCAACCCGGCCCCUCUAUUCCUCAGAUAGCCGAUCCCUCUCACGUGGGCAACCCGCCUCCCCCCAAUCCCGGUCCAAGGGGCCGUUACAGCUUUCAAGGCCUGAUGGACAUCUGCCAGGGAAUGGAGGCAGAGAUCUUGUCAAAUGCCCUUGGCAACACGAAGGCCAGAGGUGACGAAGGAAGCUUCAAGACCCCGUUGGAAUACGCGGUCAUUCGCCGAAUCAAGACCACUAUGAUGGUGAAUCGACAUACCGCAGUCGCUGAACAGACUCGUAUUGAGGACGACUUCAGAAAACUUUCAGGUCAAGAACAGAGCAGGCCGAUUAUGAAGAUGAGUGGGUCGCUCAAUGACAUGAUGAGGGGCUUUGACCGUUAG